UCCACACUAACUGCAAGUGGACAGCCCAAUAUGAUGAAGACAGUUUCAGAGCUUUACCAGGCUUCUGCUGUCCUCAGGGAGAGCCCCAGAUUCCUCUUCAGAGUGUGAAUGGAGAGCACCUUUCAUGUUUUCAACAGGAUGGAAGAGAGGAGAGGAAAUCAGCAGACGCAGGAGCCGGAGUGAGACGGCCGAGCCCACCAUGAGCCCGGGCCUCCCUUCUGCGCUUUGAGAGCCAGCGGCAGGUGAAGUCGCCAGAGAGCAAUGGCUCUCUUCACUCCAUGGAAGUUGUCCUCGCAGAAGCUGGGCUUUUUCCUCGUGACUUUUGGUUUUAUUUGGGGUAUGAUGCUCCUGCAUUUUACCAUCCAGCAGCGGACUCAGCCCGAGAGCAGCUCCAUGCUGCGUGAGCAGAUCCUGGACCUCAGCAAGAGGUACAUCAAGGCGCUGGCGGAGGAAAACAAGAACGUGGUGGACGGGCCGUACGCCGGGGUCAUGACCGCUUACGAUCUGAAGAAAACUCUCGCCGUGUUGUUGGAUAAUAUUUUGCAGCGCAUUGGCAAGUUAGAGUCAAAGGUGGACACCCUUGUCAUCAAUGGCACAGGAACAAAUUCAACCAACUCCACCACAGCUGUUCCCAGCUUGGUAGCACUUGAGAAAAUUAAUGUGGCAGAUAUCAUUAAUGGAGCUCAAGAAAAGUGUGUAUUGCCUCCUAUGGAUGGCUACCCUCACUGUGAGGGGAAAAUCAAGUGGAUGAAAGAUAUGUGGCGCUCGGAUCCCUGCUACGCAGACUACGGAGUGGAUGGGUCCACCUGCUCCUUUUUUAUUUACCUCAGUGAGGUUGAAAAUUGGUGUCCUCAUUUACCUUGGAGAGCAAAGAAUCCCUACGAGGAAGCUGAUCAUAAUUCAUUAGCAGAAAUUCGUACGGAUUUUAAUAUUCUCUACAGCAUGAUGAAGAAGCAUGAAGAGUUCCGGUGGAUGAGGCUGCGCAUCCGGCGCAUGGCUGAUGCGUGGAUCCAAGCGAUCAAGUCCCUAGCAGAAAAGCAGAAUCUUGAAAAGAGAAAGAGGAAGAAAGUCCUGGUCCACCUGGGCCUCCUGACGAAGGAGUCUGGGUUCAAGAUUGCGGAGACAGCGUUCAGCGGCGGCCCUCUUGGUGAAUUAGUGCAGUGGAGUGAUUUAAUUACAUCGCUGUACUUACUGGGCCAUGACAUUAGGAUUUCAGCUUCGCUGGCUGAGCUCAAGGAAAUAAUGAAGAAGGUUGUAGGAAACCGAUCUGGCUGCCCCACCGUAGGAGACAGAAUCGUUGAGCUCAUUUAUAUUGAUAUUGUGGGACUCGCUCAAUUCAAGAAAACUCUCGGACCAUCCUGGGUUCAUUACCAGUGCAUGCUGCGCGUCCUGGACUCUUUCGGCACCGAGCCGGAGUUUAACCAUGCCAGCUACGCCCAGUCCAAAGGCCACAAGACCCCCUGGGGAAAGUGGAAUCUGAACCCGCAGCAGUUUUACACCAUGUUCCCUCACACCCCAGACAAUAGCUUCCUGGGCUUUGUGGUGGAGCAGCACCUGAACUCCAGCGACGUCCACCACAUCAACGAGAUCAAGAGGCAGAACCAGUCCCUCGUGUACGGCAAAGUGGACAACUUCUGGAAGAAUAAGAAGAUCUACCUGGACAUUAUUCACACAUACAUGGAAGUGCAUGCUACCGUUUAUGGCUCCAGCACGAAGAAUAUUCCCAGUUAUGUGAAAAACCAUGGUAUCCUCAGUGGGCGGGACCUGCAAUUUCUUCUCCGAGAAACCAAGUUGUUUGUGGGCCUUGGGUUCCCCUAUGAGGGCCCAGCUCCCCUGGAGGCCAUCGCAAAUGGAUGUGCUUUUCUGAAUCCCAAGUUCAACCCACCCAAAAGCAGCAAAAACACAGACUUUUUCAUUGGCAAGCCAACUUUGAGAGAGCUGACAUCUCAGCAUCCAUAUGCUGAAGUUUUCAUCGGCCGGCCCCACGUCUGGACUGUUGACCUUGACAAUCAGAAGGAAGUGGAGGAUGCAGUGAAAGCAAUUCUAAGUCAGAAGAUCGAGCCGUACAUGCCGUAUGAGUUCACAUGUGAGGGGGUGCUGCAGAGAAUCAACGCCUUCAUUGAGAAGCAGGACUUCUGCCACGGGCAGGUGAUGUGGCCGCCCCUCAGUGCCCUGCAGGUGAAGCUCGCUGGGCCAGGGCAGUCCUGCAAGCAGGUGUGCCAGGAGAACCAGCUCAUCUGUGAGCCAUCUUUCUUCCAGCACCUGAACAAGGACAAGGACCUGCUGAAGUACGAGGUGGUCUGCCAAAGCUCAGAGCUGGCCAAGGACAUCCUGGUGCCCUCCUUUGACCCCAAGAACAAGCACUGUGUGUUUCAAGGUGACCUCCUGCUGUUCAGCUGUGCCGGCGCCCACCCCAGGCACCGGAGGAUCUGCCCCUGCCGGGACUUCAUCAAGGGCCAGGUGGCUCUCUGCAAAGACUGUCUCUAGGGGCCACCAGCUGGCCCUGCACACACUGUGCUGGGAAGACAGCGGCUCCAGCCCCCUCCUGGCAGAGCCAGGGGGGCAGGUGUCAUUCAGGGACUCUCGCCAGAGCCUGAACUUUUUGGUGGAAGGUUUCGAUGUGGUAUCACUCCUGCUGUGGUCAGCACCUCACAGCGGCAUUUUCACCAAAACCAAAGGCGGGCAGACGGCAGGCCGGGAUCCUGGCUGCUCUUCCCCGCACAACUUUAUUUUUUGAGGAGCAACUGCAGGGAGAAUCCCUCAAUGCACUUGCUCCAGGGCAGAGCGUGAAUCUCAAGAUUCAUUUAAAACAAAACAAAACCAGGGGGGAACUGAGCUGGUUGGCAAGAACUUUGGGAACAUUCCUAAAUCCAUUAACUUAUUUAUUUGGGAGGGGGUGGGUGCCAGGGGAGGGCAGAGAGGAACUGAUCACAGGUCUUGUUUCUUUGAUUUCCCACUGCUUACCAUCCACCUUCACUGUAAUAGUUUUCUGUCCCCUUCAGGUGGGUGCAGGAGGGAGAGGCGGGGUGCACUGUGGGGACAUAGCUCCUCAAAGCAGGUGGUGGCAGAAGAGAAGAAAAUCUUGUGUGUGUGCUUGGUGGCAGCUACAGAACAGGCACCCCCAGAUGUGGGGGACAACCCAGCCAGGGAACGAAGUACAUGAUUGGGAAAUUGACAUCUGGUGGUUGGUGGUAAAUCCCGAAAGGCAGGACCAGGACCGAAAGAGCUACUACCCUUGGACUUAGUCAUGAUGUUUACCCCUUACAAGCGUUGUCUUUGAGCUGGGAGUGGACAAGUGAACUGGCCCCUGUGGCCUGGUGUCACCACUGGAGCUGGGAUCCAAACCUUGGGCUUGCAUUACAUUCCUUUGAAUGCCUGGGACCUCCUUAGCCCAGGGAAUGGGGCUCUGGGCAAACUUGAUGUUGGCUGGGGGAGCAGGGGCAGGGCAGGGUGAAAAUGAGUUGCUGUCCUGGCCGAUCACCUGUGGGGGUGGGGGUGGGGUGGCUCUCAGCCCAGGCACCAGUAUUCUGAGGGAUGAGCCCGUUGGUAGCUUGGCCUGGUCAGAGUCACUGGAACCCCCCCGCCCCCGCCCCCACUUCCAGGCCCUGCGCUCUGCUUUGUUGGGUUCCCCGCCCGCACCAGGCAGCUCAGUGCUUUGGGUGUGCGUUUCCUAGGAAGCCCUGGCAGCCCCACGCGGUAAGAGUGAGCCCUCUCCUCCCUCUUAGAGUCUCCCUGUAAUGAGUAGUUGGGGUCCACCCAGCCCUCGGUUGUGGCCCUAGCCUCCCAGCACCCUGCAUGCCCUCGGGCAGCCGCCCCGCCUCGGUUGGCAAAGAGUUGGCAAGAUGAGUGUCGGAUGGGCCUUUGAGAAGUGAGACUAAAGGAGGGACUGUUUCAGGAGGACAGAGGGAGUGCGGCGCCUUUAGGUGGGGAGUUAGAUUCUGCCUGCUUCUCAGUUCUUCCCUCCGCACAAAUAGCACCAAAUGCACAGCUGGCCAUUUUCACUUGGACUCUCAGUGUGUCUGAAUCCCAGCUCCAAUCCUAGAGAGCGGAGGGGGUAGGAGGGCAGCCAGGGCCUCCCCACCCCUCAGGUGACCCCUGAACACAUGUGCAAGGGAGAGUGCUGAUGGGGAGGCCGGCCCAGCAGCAAGGACACAAGAAAGGAACCUGGUAAUAGGAUGUGAGUGAGUGUGGGUGUGUGUUCUUUUAAGCUUUGCAAGGGCAGUUUCCUGCGGUAGGAGGGGCAACAACUGCCUUCCUUGCUGUUAGGAAUUGCUUUUCUCUGUGAAUGGUCCUCUUGGCCGCACCCUAAAUGGUGGGAAUUGGAUUGAGCUCCCAGGCCUACAAUUCCUGGGCCCGUGCUGCCCUCUCCUGGGCGCUUCUGGGAGCUCCCAAUGGUGAGGCUGUCAGUGCAGGCAUCCGACCAGCAGGGGGCGCCUGCGGGCCGAGACCUGUUUGCCAAGCUCAGACCCAUUUUGCGGAUAGCUGUUUAUUAAACCAGCACAGGGACUCAGAGAGCGUGGAAACUAGGAAGCUACAUUCUGUGGAAAGACUUGGUGCCUGCCUUGUAUUUCAGAAGCUUCUAGGAAUGAAUGCUUGCAGGCUGCCCAAGCUCAGGGCCUCCCCACCUUCCCACUCCUGUGUCAGGAGCCUCAGUUCAGGUGCCCAGCAGGGCACCUUCCCCAUUAGGUGCCUCAGCUUCUGCCAGCCCAGUGUUGGCUGAGGCGAGGCAGUUCCACGGGGAGAGAGAAGGGUCCGCUGCUCCUGGGGCACAAUGACUUACAUCCCAGUUGUUGAAGGCUGUAUCGACAGAGGCAGUGACACUGGACAGGUACUGGCUGCCACCCCCCACCACCCUAACUUGGCCCAAGUCAGGUCAGCAGUGGUCCACACCCAGUAGGGACUUGAUUCUUGCCUGCCUGGGGUGGAGGGCACCUCAGAGUGUGGGCGAUUUUUCCUGAUAGAGUCCUAAACCAACCUGUGGUUGGAGACACUUCCACACGGGCCUACGCCCGGACCCGUCUCCCUGGCUAUGAGCACACCUUACCUGGCCUGUACGUUUUUGUACAUUUCUUCCUAAGUGAAAUCUGGCGUUUUUCCCCCACUGUGAUCUUAAAUUCCUAAAAAAAUAAACUUGAGGGGAAACAUUUAUCUAAUUUAUUCAGAGAGAGAAAGGCUUCCUUUGAUAUGUAAAGACUUUCAGGAGUAAAAGCUCCUAAAGAGGAAACGCUGCUUUUAAUGUCAGUGGACCCCUCAUUUACUCCGCGUAUGUAAUUGGACUUGCACUUGAACAAAGGGAAAGGUUUUUUGCGUCUUUGCUUACGUUGGGUUUUUGUCACUGUGUAUAGUUUGCCUUUUUUGUGUUUGCUGUAUGUUUGGGAAUGUUGCGAAUGUUUGAUAUUUAUUGUUUCUCUGAGGUGCCUUUUCACUUUUCUUUGGGGUUGGUUUUGGAAUCUGGUGCAGACUCCUUCAGCUUGGAGACAGGACCUGUCCUUGUGUCACUGUGGACGCUCAGCUGGGCACCAGAAACGCCCUUCCAGCGCCCUCGGCCAGCACGUAUAUGCACAUUCACCCCCCUGAAGCAGUGAGAACCCCGAGAAGUGCUGGCUCCCUCCAGACGAGCGCACACCGUCCCAGGCCACUUGGUCACGUCUGGGCCGGGGACGGCUGCCUACCCCUAGGUCUGGGCUCCCCGCCACCAGGCACGUGGUGAGGUGUGGCAGGGCAGGUGCCAGCCCUGGCCGAGGGGUUGCACUGCAAAGAAACAGGGCCCGCUGAGCUCCUGAGUAGCACUGGCCCCCAGACACUUGAUCUGCUGGACAUCACGGAGGGGGAAGGAUAUGCACACCCUUUUGUUUCCUUAGUGAGCACGGGGUUUCAUCUGGGAGGAGGGCCCCUGCAUCGCCGGUAGCGCACGCGUGAAUGUGAGAGGUCGACUGAAACUGUGCUGUUCACAGGCGGGUGGUGUUUGUGGACCAGACCAAGGCAGGCCACCCACUCUCCAUGGUGGCUUACCUGGAUUGUGUGUGUCAUCAGGACAUGACCACCCCCUCCCCUGCCCCCAAACUCCUUGGUUUUUUAAAAGUCUAUUUUGCUAACGACAGGCUCUGUUAUACGUGUUGCUAGCCGAAGCCUGGACUGUUUUAUUUAUUUAAAAACACUUUAGUUUCCACGUUGCUUCAUUCCUCUUCCACCCAUCCCCAUGGGCCCACAAGCGCUUCCGUGUGAAGAGCUGAAGGGCACAGAGGCUCAGCUUCCUGCGGAAGGAAGAUGGGAUGUCCUGAAGCUGAGGGCCAGUCCCUCUCAUCCCUGUUGGCUUCAACCAGAAGUGGAAAGCCAAGUUUUUAUAGCAAACGGCCAAACUAGCUGUAGUCUCAGACACGGGGAAAAAAAUUACGUAGCUCUCUUAGCACUUAGGGGUUUUGUGAGGAUUCGGUGUUUAGCAGUGGCUGGCACAUAGUAGGCCCUAGUAAGUGUUAAAUGUUAUUAGCAUUUUACAAAAUUUGAGAAGAGCUGCACUCACCCCUUAUCAGUUGGUUCAAAAGUUGUACCUACAGGACACUAUUAUCCAAGGUUGAGGGACUGUUGUGGGAUUUACGGGGGAGCGCAUCCAAGUCCCGCGCCCACCCUGUGGCUGGAACGUUGCCGGAUCCCUGAAUGCACUAACUGAUUGGAAAACAUGCCUGGCUUCAGCCCCAGAUGAAACGAGGCUGCAGAAUUUGCACACGGGAAGUGGCAAGGGUGACCUUUGGCUCCAUGCUGGGCCUCACCCCAGUGAUGUCUCCUGGACCGUUCCAGAGUUUUUCCUUGGGGAGCUUUUUGAGCUAGAAAUUAAGGUGAAUUUUCCCAUUGACUGUACCCCUUAAAGUUAACUGUUCCUCUGAAACGCAGUAAGAGAGGCUUUUCUGUUUUCAAGGGGAAAGGAGCGACCGAUUGACCCUGCUAUCCCCUGCCGGCCAGGGCGGCUCCUCCACAGUCCAGUCCACAGGGGCCAGACUCCUGGGCGGGUUCGCUGUCAGGUGUUUGCACUGGCCCCGGGGCCAACGGCUAGCCCGGGGGACCCCAAGACUAUACCACCAUCCCGGUGGAGCCAGGGUGGUCCGGGGAGAGUAUCUUCAGAACCACUGCCAGAGCUGCUGGUGGUUCACUGAUUUUUUUCCUCGUCACCUAAAUAUCAGUUCACUUUUUUAUUGGGGUCCCAGCCUCUUGCUCCCCAAUUGGAGCUGCGUCUCCUUGCCUGUCUUGGUCCUCCUCUGGACAGAUGCACUGUGGAGUGUGGAGGAGUUUGCUGGAGCCCUGUGUCCGAGUUCCUGUUUUCUCGUCACCUGAAUCGGCAGCCCUAGACUUCUGCGGGUGUAAGACUGGGAUUCACCUUCUCCCAAGCAUCAUUCCUCUAUCCCUGAUUUGGGGAGCCUUGAGAUGAACUCCCCCAGUCGCCGGCAGCUGGUGAGACCUGGCAGAGGGACCACGGCCAGCGAGUGCUCAUAGGACGUCAGGUGUGUCUGGGGGCUUGCGGCACGCAGAGAACGUCAGCCAGGCUGGAGGCCUGAAUGCCUGGCUGGGACAGCGGCAUGGGAACCUGGGUAGUCUGCCACUUCUGCCCACGGGGAGACGGAGCAAAGUUGGGAAGCAUUUUGCUCACUGUCCUGCCCAGGUGUUAAUAGGACAACAGUGGAACAGUCGAUGCCAAAGGAGAUGGUGAUGUCCCUUCUACUGUAGUUGCUGUCACAACUUGAUGUCUCUAAGCUAAUGACCGUUCACAUCUGUGUCUUCAAACAGCACCUGGUUCACUCUGGGGUUUAGUGCAGGGUUCUGCCAACGAGGUGUCACUGUCCACACGUCCCAACGUACUGUACCUGCAUAGCGCACUGCUUUGUUUUCCACUGUUGUAGACAAAACUAGGGAGAACUUUAUUUUUCAAUAAACUUUUCUUGUGUGA